AUGUGGGACGAUAACGAGCAGGACGUUCCAGCGGACUACUCGCGUUCAUCGCUCACGUUCCUCGAGCUAGACGUCAUCCACUUCCUCAUCGACGAGCCUGGCGCGCUGGGCGAUCGGCAUGCGGAUGUGAGGAGGGAAACGCCCGAAGCGCGUACGGCGGCCGUCGACGUGCAUGGAUCGAAGCAGGAACUGAUCGGGAUGUUUGAGGGACAUUCGGCGCGGAGUCAUCCGGCGAGCGAGAGCGCGGGUUAUGUGCAGGAGGCCGUUGUCGUGUUCGUUGGAAGGGUGGCGACGCACCUGGAAGAGGGCGGUAAGCGGUUGCCGAGUACCGUGGCGCGGCUCUUCGACACGCUCAAGACGCCCAGCGAGCAGGUGCAGGUGGCCGUCAGCGACUGUCUAGCACCUCUCGUCCGCACCGCACGCAGCGACCCACCGACACUCAUCCAGCAGCUCCUCGAUUCACCCCCUAAUGGCAUCCACCGGCAUCUAUUCUGUCUAAGGGCCCCUCUGCCACCCUCGUGCGCAGUAUAG